AUGGAGGCGCUGGCAGCUCUUAGCCUGGCUGCAACUAUCAUCCAGUUUGUUCAGUUCACAAGCAGUUUGAUAAGCGGUGCAGUGGAGAUUCGUCAAUCAACUUCGGGUAGUUCAGCCAACGUUCUCACCUUGGAAUCUCUAUACGAUGCGCUGCUUAAGUUCCAAGACAAGCUCACUUCCGGUCAUAAUUCAGCAGGGACUUACAUCAAUGGACAAGUUGGUGCCGCUAUCCCGACUGACGGGCUUACUGAACAGUAUGGUUUAUCUUUCCGCCAAUUGUCAAUUCUAUGUCAAUCCGACUGUGAAAAGCUUUUGAAAGUUUUCAAGGACUUAGAGAAAAGGAUCAAUAGGGCCCAGACAUCUAUGACACUAUUGAUCUGUACUAUUUCAAGCCAUGCUCAGCAGAUUUGUUCGGUCCGUCUAGAAACACUACUUACUAAAAGCAAAGAGAUGCAGUCAAACCAGUCGUACAAAAUCAGUCAAAUAACGCACGAAUUGCAUGACUUGGAGCGCCAUGUUCAAGAAAUCAGGACACGAAACCCACCCAUGUCAUCAGCAACAGGAGAAAUAAAAGGGAUUGAGCAGCGGAUAUCCGAAAUAUCCAAAUCCCAAGACAUUGUUGCCGAAGAGCAAGCAAUAUUGCGGAGUUUAACGUUCAAAUCUAGGUCUGAAAGACAUGCUAAUAUACCACGAGCCUAUAAAAAAACCUUUGAAUGGGUAUAUAAUCCUAGUGAGCGUGAGCAAGUGGAAACAGGACGCAUUGCCGAUUGGUUUAAGAGUGAUGAUGGGUUGUUCUGGGUGUCAGGCAAACCAGGAUCUGGAAAGUCAACUUUCAUGAAAUUCAUUGCAGAUGAUCCAAGAACCCGUGUGCUCCUGACGGAAUGGUCAGCGCAUAAUCCGCUCGUAAUCGCGAGUCAUUAUUUCUGGAGCGCUGGAACGGCUUUGCAGAAAUCAGAGAAUGGAUUUCUUCGAACAUUGCUAUAUGACAUCUUUCUUCAAUGGCCCGAUCUCAUCACACCACUAUGUGGCAAUAGGCGACCAGAGACGGGUGAGGAUUCCGAGAACGGCUUCCUUCCUUGGACCAAUGCCGAUCUCCAUGCCAUCAUCAGGAAGAUAGCAGAUCAGGAUGCGGCCCAAGUGCGCUUCUGUUUCUUCAUCGAUGGCCUUGAUGAGUACGGCACUGACACUAGCCGGCUUGUCGAGUUAUGUCAGGUUCUUACUGAGCUGUCCAAGUCACCCAAUAUCAAAAUUUGUGUUUCUAGCAGACCGUGGAUCAUGUUUGAAGACGCCUAUGGCCACGACCUUGAACGCAAGCUCUACAUGCAGGACCUCACAAAACGUGACAUUCUGAAAUAUAUUCGAUGCGAACUGAUGAAUCAUCCUAGAUGGCACAUAUUCGCUAAAAGCUCGUCACAGGGGAAUUGGUUAAUUGAGGAAAUUCAGGAGCGCGCUUCAGGAGUCUUUCUUUGGGUCUAUCUUGUCGUCAAAUUUAUCCUAGAAGGACUGACUAACCAUGACACGGUGUCUGAUAUCAAGCGUCGCUUCGAGAGUUUUCCGGUCGAACUCGAAGUUUACUUCCGACAGAUCCUAGAGUCGGUCCAAUACUUCUACAGGAACAAGAUGUCUGCCAUGCUUCAAAUGGCCAUUGCGGCGGGAGAGCCCUUGCAUGUCAUGGCAUAUGACUUUCUAAUGAAGGAAUUUGACGAUGAAAACUAUGUUUUCAGUCUUCCAACACAUGCCUAUACCGAAGAAGAAGAAAAGAUCUUGAAAGAAGAUAUGAGGUGCCUGCUCAAUAAUUCGACCAGAGGCCUCUUGGAAAUGAACGAGCACUCCGGGAAAGUCACAUUCCUGCACAGAACAGUCACGGACUUCUUAAAGACCCGAGAUAUGCAUGACUUCCUGAAGGAAAGGUCUCCAUCCAGCUUCAGGAUUCCUAUAUCUCUUCUAAGAGUAUAUACCGGCAUGGUGAAGCGAUUCUAUUUCAAGGGGUCAAUGGCACGCAACGACAUUGACCCCUAUCUGGACACUUUAACAAAUAACGCGUUAUUGUGCGUGGAGGAAAUAGAACAACAUCAGCCUAGCAUCAGCCUUGCAUACAGUACACUCGAUGAAUUAGAUCGCGCUGUAGUGGCGAAAUGCGACAAAAAGGGUUUUGCCGUACAGCCUACAUUUAGUGAAAAAUCCUUCGUUCGAGAACGGAUUAUCCAGCGAGAGAUGACGAGAUUCCUUGCCUGGAAGUUGCCAUCCGACAAACGAUACUUGAGCAAAGUAGGACUUUCGGUUCUUCACAUGCUCUCCCCUCACGGUCCCAGAGAUGUAUACCUCAAAGUGCCAUGGCGCAAGCGUGGCGUUGAAAUGCUACAGUUGGCUCUCGAGACUCAAGAUCUAGACCUUAAUGCAUGUCUAGAAGUUGACGUAGUACCGCAGCCUCAUACAAUCUGGACCUUAUUGUUUGGAUACUUGACGCCGUGGAAACGUGGAAGGGCUACUACUACUAUAGCUAAGACGCGAUUUUGGUAUUUGUGCGAAAACCACAUCUUAUCUAAUAUGUUGCGUCUUGGUGCUGACCCCAUGGCUAUUGUAUGGCGUACUCAGACAGGAGGCUGGCCUGCGUUUGGGGCAUAUCUGAAUUUGGCUUUCGAGAUAUGUAAUGAUCCAGCUCGCGAAGGAAUGUAUCUCACCUUGCUAAGCGAUUUCCUCAACGCUGGUGCGGCUUUGCGUCUAAACCGUAACAUUACUUAUCCUUUGCGACAAACUGUGGGCAAAGUUCGGCUUGUCAGUCCAAGCGAAGGAUUUUUCAGUCGACUAAAUGACGUGCCUUCCUGGAAAUUGAACGCUGAAUUCAUGGUUAAGGUUGUUUGUUUACUUAUAAAGUACAAUCCUUCAGAGAGCUCCCAAAUCUUGGAGCAAAUCCCGAUUACUGUUAAACACGCGUUGCCUCCAGAUCAGCGUAGAAGCCGCGGUGUUGACGAUACUUCCGCGGCCCAUUCGUACAGCUUUGCAGAUGUGGCUAUGCCUAACACAGUUGUAAGCAUACGGAAGAUGAUAAAGGAAUACGUCAAGAAGGCAUUCAAGCAAUAUUAAGAAUGUGACAUUGCGGAAUCAUCUUCGGCCGAGUCUAGCUCGCGAUGCCAGCGAUUUCUAUAUUUCUAUCUAAAUAGACCCGCGGUGAAGGGAAGAGAGGUUUCAAAAUUUGAUAUUUAUACCGAUCA